UAUAUAUUCCUGCUUGUGACUUUCGCCUCCUACACGGAGCGCUCGCAGCCUGCACGGACGCGGCACCGCUGUCAGCCAUGAAGCUAACGGGGGGCUUUGUGCGGGUGGCUGUAGCCCUAUGCUGCUGCCUAGGCACUGUCUUUGGAGUUGAGGUCAAUUGCAGCAAGUAUAAGAGCGGCGUUGCUAAGGACGGCACCGUCUGGGUAGCCUGCCCCAGGCACUUUGCACCGGUGUGCGGCACAGACGGCACCACGUACAGCAACGAAUGUGGCAUCUGCCUCUACAACAGGGAACACAUGAGCCAUGUCGGUAAACAGCACGAUGGAGAAUGCAAGCAGAAACUUAUUCAGGUUGACUGCAGUAAAUACCAUAAAGCUACAAAAGAUGGCGAAGUCCUGGUAGCCUGUCCAAGGAUACUGAAACCAGUUUGUGGCUCUGACAGCUUCACUUAUGACAACGAAUGUGGGAUAUGUGCCCAUAACGCAGAACAUCACACCAACAUUAGUAAAAAGUAUGAUGGAGAAUGCAAGCAUGAGAUUGUCUCGAUUGACUGCAGCAAGUACCCAGCAAAAGUCACUGAAGAUGGCAAAACAUUAGUAUCCUGUCCAAGGAUCCUGGAUCCAGUUUGUGGCACAGAUGGUUUUACAUAUGAUAAUGAAUGUGUGAUCUGUGCCCAUAAUGGAGAACACGGGACCCACGUUAGCAAAAAGCAUGAUGGAAAAUGCAAACAGGACAUUCCCGCACUUGACUGCAGUCAAUACACAUCAAAAGCAACUAAGGAUGGUACAGUCCGGGUACUCUGUCCAAGGAUCUUGCUCCCAGUCUGUGGCACAGACGGGUUUACUUACGACAACGUGUGUGGUAUCUGUGCCCAUAACAUAAAACAUGGAACUGAUGUUAAGAAGAGCCAUGAUGGAAGAUGUAAGGAGAAAAGUCUCCCGGUUGACUGCAGCAGAUACCUGACUGGUACUACCAAAUCCGGUGAAGCCAUCACAGCCUGCCCCUUCAUCCUGCAUGAGGUCUGUGGAACAGACAAUGUCACCUACAGCAAUGACUGCGCCUUGUGUGCCCAUAACUUAGAAUUAGGGACCAAUGUAGGCAAAAAACAUGAUGGAAAAUGCAUAGAAGAAGUUCCUCAACUCGACUGCAGCAAGUACCAAACAGUCACUACAGAUGAAGGCAAGCAGCUGAUGCUCUGCACCAUGAUCUACGAUCCCGUCUGUGCUACCAAUGGUGUCACUUACGCUAGCGAAUGCACACUGUGCGCCCACAAUCUAGAGCAUCAGAGCAAUCUUGGCAAAAGAAAUAAUGGAAGAUGUGCAGAAGAUGUUACAAAAGAUUAUUGCAGCAGCUUCCAAGAACCCUCUCCUAUCUGCACCAUGGAAUAUAUACCCCACUGUGGCUCCGACGGCAAAACAUAUGGCAACAAAUGUGUUUUCUGCAAUGCAUACCUGGAGAGCAACAGGACUCUCACACUCUACGCUCAGGCCGAAUGCUAACUGCACUAGUCUCCAGCCCAGGAAGAAAAACUCUCUUCUGCAUGACUCCCCAUGGGCUGAUCUUCCCUAACAGCUUUCCUUCGGCUUGUCUUGUUUCCUCCUAUCUGCUGAAACACUUUUUGUUCAAUAAACUCACUUGGCAAUGUU